CCUUCUCAGUUCUCACACAAACUCAGCCGGACGACUCGGUAAAAACCCGAUUCGCUGGAACCGGAAAAUAGAAACACCUCUCAAAAAGGCCAAAACCCUAACCCGCCGGUCUGUCCGUUUCACCAAAGCAGUUCCCUUCACCCCCUCCCCAUCGGUUCACAAUCGACUCGACCUCAACUGAAUUAACUCCCUCGACUCGGCACACUCCCCUUUCUCCAUCACGGAAAGAACCCAAUGGGUUCGAAUGUGGAAAUUGUUCCAAUAACGUCACAGAAGCACGACCCGGCAUGGAAGCACUGCCAGAUGUUUAAGAAUGGGGAUAAGGUUCACCUUCAAUGCCUGUAUUGCAGCAAGGUUUUCAAAGGGGGAGGGAUUCAUAGGAUUAAGGAGCAUUUAGCUGGUCAAAAGGGCAAUGCUUCCACCUGCCUGAGAGUCCCAGCUGAGGUGAAGACUGCAAUGCAGCAGAGCUUAGAUGGUGUGGUUGUUAAGAAGAAGAAGAAGCAAAAAAUUGAGGAAGAGAUCGCGAGUGUUAACCGUGUUGAUUCUGUUCCUGAGGGUUUUGCUGGUAACUGUCAAAGUGGUGAUGAUGAGUUUGUUCACUUCUCAAAUGUCAAUGAGACUAGUUCUACUGCGUUGGUUGGUGGUACAUUGGGCAACGAAGGAGAAGGGAAGAAAAGGAGGAUUUCGGGGUCGAGCGCGAUUCCUAUUGCUACUGCUGGAGUUGAUUAUUGUACGGCAUUAGUUGAGAAGAGGGUGGAUGGUGGGGAUGGUGUUCAAAUUGCAAUAGCAAGGUUUCUGUAUGAUAUUGGGGCACCCUUGAGUGCUGUGAACUCGGAUCACUUUCAGCCAAUGGUAGAUGCAAUUGCUUCGGGAGGACCUAAUGUUGUGCCGCCUUCUUAUCAUGAUAUUAGAGGGUGGAUACUGAAGGGCUCAGUUGAAGAAGUGAAGAGUGAUGUCAACAAGCAGAUGGAAACAUUGGAAAGGACUGGCUGUUCUGUUUUGGUUGACCAGCGGAACACAUCAGAUGGUAGGACUCUGUUGAGCUUCCUGGUUUCUUGUCCCGAGAGGGUGGUGUUUGUUAAAUCGGUUGAUGCAUCUGAUACUGUGAAUUCGCCGGAUCGUCUGUAUGAGUUGCUUAAGCAAGUGGUGGAAGAAGUCGGUGUACAGCACAUUCUCCAAGUAAUAACUGGCGUGGAAGAUCGAUAUGUUAUUGCUGGGAAGAAGUUGUCAGAGACUUUCCCCACACUGUAUUGGUCACCAUGUGCUGCCCAUUGUAUAGAUUUGAUACUGAAUGACUUUGCUAAACUGGAAUGGAUAAAUGGCAUUAUUGAGAAAGCUAGGUCUAUUACAAGAUUUGUAUACAAUCAUACGGAGGUUGUGAAUAUGGUGAGAAGGUAUACCUUUGGAAUUGAUAUUUUGCAACGAGGAUUGACCCCUUCUGCAACAAAUUUCGUUACCCUGAAGCAAUUGGUUGAUCUGAAGGACACUUUGCAAGGCAUGGUUACUUCAUAUGAGUGGAUUGAUUGCCCCUUUUCCAAGCAACCUGGGGGCUUAGAAAUACUGGAUCGUGUUAGUGAUCAAUCUUUUUGGUCUUCCUGCACCCGGAUAGUCCGUCUAACACAACCCUUGUUAAGAGUUUUGAGAAUAAUUUGUGAUAGGAAGCGGCCUCCUAUGGGGUACGUCUAUGCAGGGAUGUACCGUGUGAAGGAAGAAAUCAAGAAAGAGAUCUUGAAGAGGGAAGACUAUGUGGUAUACUGGAACAUUAUAGAUCAAUGGUGGGAAGGCAAAUGGAAUGUGCCUCUUCGUGCAGCAGGAUUUUAUCUCAAUCCAAAGUUCUUCUAUAGCAUUAAAGGAAACAUUCAUGGCGAUAUUCAGUCUGGGUUGUUUGAUUGUAUAGAGAGAUUAGUUCCCGAAGUAGAUGUGCAAGCUCAAAUAAUCACAGAGAGAAAUUCUUACAAAAAUGCAUCAUCGGAUUUUGGAAGGAGGGUAGCAGUCAGAACCAGAGAAACAAUGCUUCCCGAUGAAUGGUGGGCAACCUACGGAGGAAGCUGCCCAAAUUUGACAAGAUUGGCUAUCCGCAUACUAAACCAGGCCUGCAGUUCAAUCGGAUAUAAACAAGAUGACAUUCCAAUCGAGCGAGUGCAUGACACCAAAAAUGGCCUGGAACAUCAACGGCUCAGUGAUCUUGUCUUUUAUCAGUACAACUCACGACUUAGAGACAUAAUGACCAAGAAAGAAGAACAGGAUACCCUUGAUCCUCUAUCAUACGAAAACGUUAGGUUUCUGGAGGACUGGGUGAAUUCCAAAGACGCAUUUAUCGAGGAGAGUAUGAAAUCCGAUUGGGCAGCCAUAGAUCCUCCUCAUGGUAACAAGUCGAUGUUAGGAGGCCAUUCUGAAGAUUAUAUAAACGAGUUGGAGACAGUGUUUGAUGAUGCUGAGAUUUUUAGUGGAGCCAAAGAAGGUAUGGAGGAAACCAUUGAAGAGAAUGUAGCAAGGUAGUAAAACUUAGAAACAGCUUGGAAUUAUUGGAUGUCCCCUUGGGGUCUCUUCCACCUUUUUACUAGGAUCGAAUCACCCAAGGUGGCGAAGUUCGAUUUUGUCCUGAAAAGUGUAUAUGUAGUUAGUUAGCCACAUUGUGAAGAUCCCACCCCAUCUUGGGAGCAGUAGAAGAAGAGUAGAUUCCAGCUUUUGGAUAUUGAACAGAAUUAUCCAUUGGACACAAAUUGAGAGAGGAGAAGAAAAGCAAGGGCAGGGGCAGGUUCCCGGCCAUGGCUAACAUAGUUGGGUUGGAACUUGGAAGUUUUCUGAACUUCCCGAAAACAGGGGAUGCUCUGUUUUUCUCUCUCUUUUCCCUCACGGGACUAUUUAAAGAUUACCAUAUUUCUGGCUGGCUU